UAGGAGGAGGAAGAGCACCCCUUCCCUCAAAAAAAAAACCCUAUAGGAGGAGGAGCAGGAGGAGGCGGAGGACUCCAGGGGAAGGAAGCAGAAGCAGAAGCAGAGGACGGACGGACAAUGGCGUCGGCGGCGCCCGCCGCCGCACCCGGGCGGCCCCACCCGACCUACACCAACAUGAUUACUUACGCGCUCGCCCAGCUGGGAGGCGCCUCCGCCCGCUCCGCCAUCGCCGGAUUCAUCGCCGCACGCUUCACCGGGCUCCCCGUCAGCCACGACGCGCUCCUCUCCGCCCACCUCCGCCGCCUCGUCGCCGAGGGCGUCCUCUGCACCUCCGGAUUCUCCUACUUGUUCUCUUCCCACCACCAGCCACCCGAGAGUAACAGUCCCGAUCUCGAUUCGGAUGAUCAAUCUGGUUCUGGGUUCCACUUCCACCUCCACAGUAGCAGUGACGACGACGACGACGAUGAUGAUGCCUACACUCCUCUGCUGCAUCUGCAUCUGCCUCUGCCUGUGCCUGUGCCUGUGCCUGUGCUGGGAGAGAAGCGGGGCCGGGGGCGACCGCGGAAUAGUUCCACGGCGAAUGCUGCCGGCCGUCCUCGCAAGGCUGCUGCUGCAACGCCUGGAGAACCCUGUCCUGCUCCUGCAAAGGGAGAGCCAACAGAGCAUUCUGGUGCUGGUUUAGGGUCUGUGCUGCUGUCUGGGAAACCAAAGCGAGGCCGUGGGAGACCAAGGAAGCUACAGCGAGUUGGGCCGUCCCCCUCAACUGGUGGUGGUGGUGGUGGUGGUCGUAUCAAGAGAGGGCCUGGGAGGCCGACAAAGGAGGACCAACAAUCACAAGCAGCAGCAGCAAAGCAUCCUCCAACUCCAACUGCGUCAUCAACCAGUGGCAUCGCCAAGAUCAAGAGAGGGCCUGGGAGGCCAAGAAAGGAGGAGCAACAAUCACAGGCAGCAGCAGCAGCAGCACAGCAUCCUCCAACUCCAACUGCGUCGUCAACCGGUGGCAUCGCCAAGAUCAAGAGAGGGCCUGGGAGGCCAAGAAAGGAGGAGCAACAAUCACAGGCAGCAGCAGCAGCACAGCAUCCUCCAACUCCAACUGCGUCGUCAACCGGUGGCAUCGCCAAGAUCAAGAGAGGGCCUGGGAGGCCAAGAAAGGAGGAGCAACAAUCACAAGCAGCAGCAGCACAGCAUCCUCCAACUCCAACUGCGUCGACAACUGGUGGCAUCAUCAAGAUCAAGAGAGGGCGUGGGAGGCCGAGAAAGGAGGAGGAGCAACAAUCACAGGAAGCAACAAUGCCUCUUCCAACUCCACCGGCAUCAAGGGGGUUCAAGGUAGGAUGUGGGAGACCAAUGCUAGCUCCUACAUCUCAUCUGGAGACACACGGAGGGCCUCCCAGGAAUCGGAGGCCAAUAAUAAUAGAGAAGCUGCCACCAGCAGCAAGGUGGUCUGUUGAUGCUAUGCCGUCAGAAAUCAAGAGGCCAAGAAUCUACAGACCAUCAGCAGAAACUGGAGAUGCAACACCUGCUCCUGAAACUGUAGAUGCUGCGUCGUCCGGAAUCAAGAUAGAGGGCGUGCAGCCGCAAGUGGACAAGCCAACGGCACCAAUGCCUGCUGAAGCUGGGGAUGCUCGGUCUGCAGGGAUCAAGAGAGGGCGUGGGAGGCCAAGAAAAGACAAGCCAGCAGCAGCAGCAGCAGCAGCAAUGUUGGCUCAAACUGAAGCUGUAGAUGCUGUGUCAACUGGGAUGAAGGGGGCGCUUGAGAAUCCAAUAUCAGAUUAUGUCGUGUCAACUGGAACCAAGGGAGCACUUGAGAAGCCAUCAUCGGCAGGUGAUAUUGUGUCGGUGGUGAUGAAGAGAGGGCGUGGGAGGCCAAGGAAAGAGCAACUGGCCUUUGAUUGAAACCAGGCCUGGUUUGGAGACAUGUCUGAAGAAGCUAGUCCAAAUCUGUUUCUCGUAUACAAGAAGGGGGUAGGAAACCAGAGCUGAAGAUGCAUGCUGGAUGUGUGAUCUGAGUCUAAUCUGCGAGUGCUCGAUUGGUUGAUGCAUGUAAGCUAAGCCGCCUUCCUUAAUUCUUAUGAUGUAUCUAUAUUUUGUGUCAGAUCACAUAUAUAUAAUAAGUAGUAACGCUGUUGCUAUUUUCUACAGUAAUAACAGUAAUUCUUAGUCGCAUGAAAUAAUUAAUUAUUA